UCGCGCUGCGCUUUGCGCAUGGGCACUGCGCAAUACAGCUCAGGCUGAGGAGGUAUCGCUUUUGACUGAUUUGGGGGGGGAUCCAAGUCGGGAAAUCACCCCAAACAGACGUGCAGGAAUCAUGGGGAGUGUGUUCCUGCUGGCGGACGUGGCCCACUCGGUGCUGCGCCGGCUACGCAGGGCCAACUCCCUGCUGGAGGAGAUGAAGCAGGGCAGCAUUCAGAGGGAGUGUCGUGAAGAAAUCUGCACCUAUGAGGAAGCCCGCGAAGCCUUUGAGAAUGAUGAGAAGACGAAGCGUUUUUGGGAAGAAUACAUACAGGAGACCAGUCCGUCAGGCGGUCUGGAGUCUGUAGUGGGUGGAGUCCAUUCCCUCUACUUAAUUGUGCCACUGGUAUUGAUUGUGGUGCUGAUUGCCGCAGUCGCCAUCGCUGUGUGGUGGUGUCACUCCUGUAAGCGCUCCCAGCACAGCCCCAGCCUGGGACGUUCACAUCACGACCACGUAUUGUCCGUCGUCUCCAUGGACCACUGGGGGAAUUACCAUCACGGUGACCAAUCAGAACUCAGUGCCCACAGCAGCCCAGCUUACCCUGGGUCUGAGCUCACUUUAGGCAGAGGAAGCGCAGGAGAACCGCCGCCGCCUUACGAGGAGGCUGUGGGUCACACAGAUGUGCAGAUAGAGACGGAGCCUCCGCCACAGUAUGAGGACAUAAUCACCACCAGCACUACAAACGUGAACAGCCACAGUAAAUAAAGGAUGAACGUUUCUCACUCCCACCCCAACAAACAUCUCCUGGGAAGGUCUCCUCAUUUCAGACAACCACCAGCCUCAUGUUUCCUGAUUCCUUAACAGACUCAAGUUGUCUGCUGGAGCCAGUGCUGGUUGAAAUUUGCACUAAACUUUCUGAGUGAUGUGACAUGACAGCAUUAAGGAGUUAUUGGUAUUACAGUACCAAAACCAAACCUCUGUGUUCGCUCACAGAGCAUUAACACUAUCACACUCCAGCAAGUGGGGAUGCUUAAGAAACAUUGCAUGUAGGG